AGCUUCCUCCUUGUUGCCUGGGCGAUAAUGUUUGAAUUCGGGAUGGACCAGUACUUAUCAACGGUAUCGGGCUGAUAGCAGCCUUAUUUCAGGGUAUCAGCUGCUAAUACCAGCCACCGAUACUAAAGGCAAAAAAAUCUGACAUCAAGUAAGUCCUCCUCACCAGUAGCUCGCGCUACACUGCAGCAGUUUUACACAUUGGCGCAUCAUAAUAUGUGACAAAAAGCAAGGUCUUUGUUCACAAUUAUGUCAUUUUGUUAACUGAAAUUGGAUCAAAACUAUUAGUACUCAAGAGUGAAUACUUGUAUUGGUAUCGAAGAUCUCUAGCCUCAACAUAUUGCUGCUGAUGAUGAUUGUUCGUACAGCUUAAGAUAUUUAUUUUCCCCCAAAAUGUCGGUCUAAUUGCCAAUUGUACAACCUCAGGGGCUUUAAACUUUAAAAGCUUGUAGUGUAUAUUCGGAGCAUGUCCAUGAAUGUCUCCAAAGAGUAUAGUAGGUGUGGCUGUCUGCUGCUUUUCCGACUAUUAAGUUGCACAACGAUAAAAAGGCCCACCUUGAAUGGGAUGGAAAGUUUUGAAAAGCUGAAUAAAAUCAGACUACACUGACGUCAGCCUUUUUGAGAGCAGGAGAUUAUGAAAUGGAACGGUUGGGGCUAUAGUGAUUCCAGGUUCCUCUUCAAUAAGAAAGGCCAAGCAGAAUUUACUGGCAAAAGAUAUAGAUUAAGUGGUAUGAUCAUCCCUAACCUGAAAGACUGGUUUGAAAGCACAUUUGGAGCCAGCCUACAGCACAAAACUCCGGCAACAUCCCUCCUGAACAGCAACGUCAUACAAGCGCCCACUCUUAACAAGCCCUUUAUGGAUGAUUUGAAAUCCUCCGGUAUUCCCUUCUCUCACGAUGCCGAGGACCGUGUAUUUCGCAGCCACGGGCAUUGCUUACAUGAGAUCUUUGCCAUGCGAGAAGGGAGAUUCGGUCGCCUUCCAGAUGUGGUGGUGUGGCCCAACUGCCACCAUGAUGUGGUCAAACUUGUAGAACUGGCAUGCAAACACAACGUUUGUUUAAUACCGUACGGAGGAGGCACAAGCGUCUCCAGUGCUCUCGAGUGUCCCGCAGAUGAAGCUCGCUGUAUUGUCUCUCUGGAUACCUCUCAGAUGAACCGAAUUCUGUGGAUAGAUGAGAAAAAUUUAACUGCCCACUUGGAAGCUGGCAUCAUUGGUCAGGAUUUGGAGCGGCUGCUUAACGAGAGCGGCUACUGCACGGGCCAUGAACCGGACUCCAUGGAGUUCAGUUCAGUAGGGGGAUGGGUGGCAACCAGAGCAUCAGGCAUGAAGAAGAACAUCUAUGGCAACAUUGAGGACCUGGUUGUCCACGUUAAGAUGGUGACUCCACGUGGGGUAAUUGAGAAGAGCUGUCAGGGCCCCCGUAUGUCUACAGGGCCGGACGUUCACCACUUCAUCAUGGGAUCUGAAGGAACCCUGGGUGUGGUCACUGAGGUGACAAUGAAGAUUCGGCCCCUGCCAGAUUAUCAGAAAUACGGCUCGGUGGUCUUCCCCAACUUUGAGAAGGGUUUCGCUUGUCUUCGAGAAGUUGCCAAACAGAGGUGUGCUCCUGCAUCAAUUCGACUUAUGGAUAAUGAGCAAUUUAAAUUUGGUCAUGCACUCAAGCCUCAAGUGUCGUCACUUUUCACCUCAUUUCUGGACGGUCUAAAGAAACUGUACAUCACCAAGUUCAAAGGCUUCGACCAGAACCGCUUGUGCGUGGCUACCCUGCUGUUCGAGGGAGACCGAGAGAAGGUCCUGCAGCACGAGAAGCAAGUUUAUGACAUUGCCGCAAUGUUUGGAGGCCUGGCAGCCGGAGAGGACAAUGGGCAAAGGGGCUACAUGUUGACCUUUGUCAUCGCUUACCUCCGGGACUUGGGGAUGGACUACUAUGUGAUAGGGGAGUCGUUUGAGACCUCUGUACCCUGGGACAGGGUUCUGGACAUCUGCCGGAAUGUCAAAGCUCGCAUCGUUGGAGAGUGUAAAGACAAAGGAGUCCAGUUUCCUCCGUAUUCCACAUGCAGGGUAACUCAAACAUAUGACGCCGGUGCCUGUGUGUACUUUUACUUUGCCUUCAACUACAGGGGCCUCGCUGAUCCAGUGCACGUGUAUGAACAAGUGGAACAUGCUGCUAGAGAGGAGAUCCUUGCCAACGGAGGGAGUUUAUCGCAUCACCAUGGAGUGGGGAAACUUCGUAAGGAGUGGAUGAGGCAGACCAUUUCCAGUGUAGGCAUGGGCAUGCUGCAGUCCGUCAAAGACUACGUGGACCCCGGUAACAUCUUUGGCAACAGAAACCUCCUCUAACGUCACACACACACACACACAUGCACACACCUCCUCCGUCUUUCACACAGCCACUCUAAAACCAUGCAAAGCGAUUCUACAAUUUGAAAGGGACUCUUGUGUUCUUCUGGAUCCAUCAUGUGGUGCCAUGUGCGUCCGCGAUAACAUGAAGUGAUAACAUGAUGUGAAAUGAGCGAUAGCGAUCGGUGACUUUCGUCUCGUACGCAACAUCAACUCCACAUCAUCUCACUUCUAUUGAAAGCCGUUGAAGUAUUUAUUCCAUAUCCUUGAUAUCCAGCUCCCCCCCCCCACUACCAGUGCCGUUUACAGCCUGGUAAUAUGAACUUUCCAGACAUUUGACCAUUCAUUCUAUAUAUUUGAUAUACAGCCAAAGAUACGCACGAAUAGAAUGACUGUCGUACUAGUAAAAAAAAAAAAAAAAAAUUUUUUUAAAUAAAAUCAACUACAAGUGCCACUUUUGGCUGACUAGUACAACCUCAAAAUAGAUAUGCUUGAUAAGUAGCUUAAGGUCCAUGUACCUGUAUGCUCUUUGUCUUUACUAGUCAUACAAUUCAGCACACUGGUAGAAUCACUGUCUCAACAUUUCCCACUACUGUAUGACAUUUCUCCACACUAGUAGGACAACUUUGUUACUAGAGAGGCAAAACUGUGCACUAGUUGACAUCUAUGUAGUUCUCGUACUACUGAGGAAGCGCUAGAUGUUAACAAAUAGAAUUUUAUAAUGUUACUGUAGUUGUCCUACUUCUGUGACAAAGUCACCCUAGUAGUGAGCGUACUAGUACAUCUACCUUAAACUGGAUAUUGGGUAAAUUUUACGGCUUUCCGUACACGUGGUCAUCUCGUUAGUGUUACUGAAGCUCUGUGCCUUUUCAAAAGCUUUUGUCUGCCUCCCCCUCCAAAUACUUUACAUGUAUACUUCCCGACACGAUGUACUUGCAUACGUAAGCCUUUCCUUUGUGAAGCAACAAUGACUUUGUGAAUGUGUGUCGCACUGAUGACGUGUUGCCAUUGCCAUAAAUAUUUUGUUUUGUUUUGUUUUUGGACCGAAUGAACUAACCCCUGCUUGGACCUUGACUUGACUCUGUGUUACUUUGUGUAUUUUUAUACCCGAAGCUCCCAGAAUGUGUUACUGACAAACAACAGUUGUUUUUUUGUUUAUAACUUCACCUUUCGCUCACGUGCUACCAAAGGCUUAAAAACAUGUAAACUCCUCCAAACUAUUUUUGAAUCCGCAUUUGCAAAUGCAAGAAGCCCUUUGAAGUGUUUCUUGAAGAACUUCCCGUUAAAUUCCUUGUUUGUUUAAAUUGACAGUAAUAAUUUCCCCCCUCUCUGCUACAUAAACUGCAUUUUCUCACCUUUUAAAAGCAGCUUUAAAUGAGUUUUCUGACCAAAAUGUUUGCCAAAUCAUUAGGUACACUUCCAAUCUAAGGGGUGCAUCGAAAAUGAUGCUUUUACGAAGAUGUUAAUGCUCAUUUGUUAUUUCUAGGGUUGCACCGAUACUUACCAGUAAUACUUGUGAAAAUGCUCUGACGUUACACGCCGACACCACGCGAUCGGCCUCACUUAUACUUUUCGUGUAGGACUUAUGUCAACAUAAAAAGUAAUGAUAACAAUCUAAAAGACAUUUUCAUCACAUGUGCAAGAGGCAAUGGCAUUAUCAAGUAUCGGUAUUCUGUAUCAGCGCAUACUUAAAUGUAAUUGUUGUACUUGUACUGGGUCUGAAAAAAAGUGCCUAGUUCACUGUCCAGUGGAAAGCACGAUUCUCUAAAGUUCGCUCUCAGUAUGACGCAGUGCACUGCAAAUUACUACCACAAUAAUAAAUCCUGAGCAUUAUUACUUUCAUAAAGGCAGCACUGUUAUAUUUGGAUGUGCAAGUGUACCUAAUGAUGUGGCCUGUGGGUGUAUAGUUUACUAUGAACUUGCCUUUGCCUCCCCUCAACUGAUAAUUUUUAAAAAAUAUUUCCUUAACAAAUUGAUGGAUUGAUUUAGGAGCUGCUGCCUGACAUGACAUCAUCAUUUUUUUUUUUAUUUUUUUUUUACUUGACAAAUAUGUGUGCUUUUGACUAUUAUGUAGAAUUCCCUUUUGUUAUUCUCUCCAGAUAAUACAGUACAAUAAAAUCCAGUGUGUUUUGUCGGCGCCCUUUGUGCAAUAAAUGCAACUAAAACAGC